GGAGGACAUUCGUCAAGCUAGUGACGUUAAAGAAGCGCUCAUUGGGAGGCAACCCAACCAAAAAAAAAAAAAAAAAAAAAAAAAAAAAAAAAAAAAAAAAAACUAACCCAAAAAUAUUUUACUUUGUUUAUUUCUUGCAGAUGUCUGGAGGAAGACGUGACGAUCCCAUUUUCGAGGAGCCACCACUAGGACGGGAAGACCCGCCACCUCAGCCUGAUAUCCCAUUUGCUACUAUUGCUGAUCGCAGACGCUUCCAGGCAUGGGGGCAAUACCGCACGCUCCUUCCUCCCAUGAUCCUGGACCCGACGAUGCUAGAGGAAUGGGGGUACUGGGAUGAGAUUGAUUCCCUGCUAGGAGACUCUUUAUGGCGGAGGAUUCUAUUCGUCCAGGAGAGGGCCAGCCUUCCAUUGACGAUGGAGUUUCUGUGCUCCGUUCAGUUCACUCAUUACGGACAGGCUGUGCAGGAGGGUGCUGUUAUUGGGUCAGAGUCUCGGAUGAGGUUUACUAUUCUAGGCAUGGAGCACUCCAUCACUGUGGCUGAGCUCGGAUGGAGGAUGGGGCUCUAUACCCCAGCAUACACACAGACUGAGGAGUUCCGUGCUCUUCCGACCCGCUUACCCGAGGCAUUUGACAUUGAUGAGUUCUGGCACAGACACUCCACAGACACCAGAUCAUUUCUCCGGAUGCACCCCCAUUCGAACAAAUGGAGGGAGACUCACUGGUACAUACUCUCGUUCGUACUUUCUUGUGGUUUUUUUGGACGACCUAACAACACAAACAGGUUGUCCAAAAAGGACAUACUAUUCUUUUGGGGUUUGAUUCACCGCAUCCCGGUGAAUAUGGCUGUCCUUAUGGCUCGUUUCUUCCGGAGCCAGGGGAAGACUGUGCGGCGCACUAUCCAGGCAGGGCCCUUCAUCACUACCCUCGUUAGAUCAUUCUACCCAGAUCUAGACAUUCCAGGGCUAUCACAUUUACAGGAGAGCAUCCGCGUUCUUCGAUCCUCAUCCUUUACCAACAUGAGGAUCAAGAAGAAGCGGAACACUCAGGAGCUCCCAGGUAUUGAGCAGCCGACCCAGCAGAGUAGUUCUUCUCGACCCUCAGGACAUGAGGGAUCUAGCGAGCCCUUUUCAUACAUGCCUAGCGCCGCAGAUUGGAGAGCGAUGAUGGACGGGAUGCGGAGUCUCCAGACUUCAGUUUCAGAGAUGCGGGUUGCACAGGACAGAGGACUCCAGGAGAUGCGAGAGGCGCAUGAGACGGCCCUGGGAGAGUUCAGAGACUUUCGAUUAGCUCAGGAGAGAGCCACCCAGGAUAUGCAGGCGGAGCUAGAGACCCAGCGGCUAGAUAUUGAUGAGAUGAGAGAUUGGCUUAGGCCACACUAUGGCCCCCAGGAUGGCGCAGGCGAUGUUUAGAUUUGCUUCUUCAUUAACAUUUUUAUCAUGUUUGUUUGUUCUUCAGGUUGGACAUUGCGCUGCUCUUUUGACUUGAAUGCUCUUACAAACUGACUAUGGAUGAUGUAAGGAUUUUUAAAACCAUUUUUUCUCCUGUUUCAUUAUUCCUCUUCACAAAAUCUUUUCAAAACUCAAGUGUGAGGAAAGAACCAAAAAAAAAAAAUGUGUGCCUUUAUUUCCCAAUUUUGUGCCUCAAAAGAAGACCUCGAGGGCGAGGUCCAGCUCAAGUGUGAGGAGGUUGCGUUUUACACUCAAAAGUCAAAACCUUGUUUUAGAACAAUCUUUUUACUAUUUUUGAUAUGAAACAUUAAUUUCUCAAUUUGUUAUCAAUUCACAAAAUAGUUUAGAAAAUCACCCUUAUUAUAAGAAUUUACUAUUAUUAUUAUUUUUGAAAACUUAAAAUUGUUAUGGGUUUUUGGUUGCGAAUGUAAAGGUCUGAAUUUGUUUUAAUUGGACAUUCAUUUUAUUCAUUAAAAAAAUGUUACUAUUAAUAAACCUCUUCAAAACUCAUUGUUAUAGGACAAUUCCAUCUCCGAAAAGGGGCUCUGUUUCAUUCGCUAAUCACAGUCUGUGAGAAUGAAAUAUGCAUUUACCAUGGGAUAACACCGCCAACAAGAGUGAAAAAGAGCAAAAAAAAAAAAAAAAAAAAAAAAAAAAAAAAAAAUGGUGAACAAGAUGAAUGUCCAAAUUAGAAUAAUGAAAAUCUUGGGAUAAGGAAUUGAUUGGUGGUUUAACAUAAUAAAUAGUUUUUCUUAAGUAAUACUAAUUUUAAAUUCUUGUAUUUUGGGUGAUUUUUCUAAAAUGUUUAAAGAUUGAGAAUAAAAAGAAGAGGUUUUUGUUUCUACUUCUUUAAUAGCAAUUCGAUUGUGAUAUAGUCAGGUUUUCCCUUUUUGAGUGUGUUUCCAACUAAUUCGUCGCUUGAGGACAAGCAACGCUUAAGUGUGAGGAGAUUGAUAAGUCCAUUUUUGUACUUAUUUUUCUUAUCAAAUUUAAGCGAUUUUUGAUUGAAAAUAGAAAGAAAAGGCAUGUUUUAGAUAUUUUGGUUCAAGUUUCAUGAAAUCAGGUGAAAACCACAUUCAUCGUAUGUUUGUCGGAAUUUCGGGUCAAUUGAGCACAAAAUGAGCCAAUUUGAGCAACAAAUGAUAUCAUACCGAAAGAAGGAGACAUUAUUUCAAAGUGGUCCAGAAGACAAUAUUGAAGAGCACAAAAUAAGGAACAAGCCGGACAAAUUAGGUCACAGGCGGCCGGGCAGGCGGCCAAAAUGAAGGCCUUCGCGGCCGCCUACGGUAUUUUUGGAAAGUCAAACUUUGACUUUGACCGGGUUCGGAAAAGACCGUAGGCCGCCGACACUGGACGGAAGGCGGCCGCCUACGGUGACCGCCUGCGGCAGAAGACGACGAAGCAACCGCCGGCCGGUGGGAUUUGACGGCAGGCGGCCAGACAGGAACGGCAGGCGGCCGCCUGCUGGACCGCCUGCGGCGGCCGGGAUCCGGCGGGAUCCGCCGCGAUCCGAUUUAACCCUGAAAAGACGGCAGGCGGCCAAGGUGUGACGGAAGGCGGCCGCCCUCUGUGGCCGCCUACGGCUGACGGGACCGGCCACGUCGUGUUGCCGGCGACUUGACGGCAGGCGGCCAGAUGCUGCCGGAAGGCGGCCGCCUGCAUGGGCGCCUUCGGUGAAAUUUCUGCUAUAAAUAGCAGGCUUUUUCUACAUCUCAAACACACCUCUUCCAACCCUAAAUCAGUUCAAAACACCUUCUUUCUUCCUCCAUUUUCGAGCUCCAAAGGGUUUAGAGAGAGAGAAACUUCAAAUCUUCAUAUCUUCUUCAUUUUAGCUCCAAAUUUAUUAUUAUGACAAAUAUUAGCAGAAGAGAAUUCAAUGUUUCUGAUCUGUCCGGACAAAAUUAUUUGGAAUGGAAUGUGGAAGACCAGCAACAAAAGGUCCUUUUACCUGAAGCUCAGUAUGACUGGAUCAAUCUAAGAUUCCGGGACUUUAAAUCUAUCAGUGACUAUAACUCUGCUAUGUCCCAUAUAACAUCCAAACUAAAGUUAUGUGGACAAAAAGUCACUGACACUGAUAUGUUAGAGAAAACCUUUUCCACUAUGCAUGUUUCUAAUAUGUUGCUCCAACUGCAAUAUAGAGAAAAGGGUUUUAUAAAAUACUCUGACCUAAUAUCAGUAUUACUGAUAGCUGAGCAAAAUAAUGACCUUUUGAUGAAGAACCACAAUUUGUGAUCCAUCGGUUAUAGUUCUUCUGUUUAUAGUCCAUCUGACCAUAAUUUAGUCACUGAAUCAAAUGCAACACAGAGUGACAUUGGAAGACAUUAUUUUAAUGGAUGAUGCCAUUAUGGAUGAUGCUUUUGCCGUAAAUCAAAAUGCUACAAAAUAAAAUAUUAGACUCCUGAUAUUAUAAAAUACUAGUUUUAUGUACUUUUUCUCUUUUCCCCUUUUUAAAUAAAUGUGUGUAAUAUAUGUACUCUUAUGUUAAAUAAU